GUUGGGGAUUUGUCCGAUAGCUUUUUAGAACCAUAAACCAUGGAGCCAUAAAGUAAUACAGCACGAAAAGAGGCCUUUCGAUCCAAUUGAUCAUGCUGACCGCGGAGGAUCCAUGAGAACGUUCUGGAAAAACUAAGAUAUGUUAUACUCUCCCAGCCAAUUCUGUAAGAAACACAACUAACUAACUCUACAGACGUCUGUCCUGACGAAGGGUCUCGCCCGAAACGUCCACAGCAAUUCUCCCUAUAGAUGCUGCCUGGCCUGCUGUGUUCCACCAACAUUUUGUGUGUGAUGUUUGAAUUUCCAGCAUCUGCAGAUUUCCUCCUGUUUACUCUACAGACGUUGACAUGAUAGUCUUCUCAAUUGAGUUUAUCAGGGUGGAAUUUGAUCACUUUUUCUAAUAACCAAGAGCUCAAACACAAGCCUACAGUGAAAUAGCUUCAUAAGUUCAGUUACAUCAUGGGCCGACUUACAGUGGAUUUAAUUGCAAAAAGUAGUCUCCACAUAAAGAACAGAAGAGAUGAGCCUUUGGAACAGUAUUUAAAAAAAUUGACUCACCUAAAUUUUUCAGACAAGAAUAUCGAUCAAAUUGAUGACCUCACUGCAUGCAAGAAUCUGUCUGUCUUAUACCUAUAUGACAACAACAUUACAGAGAUUCAUAAUUUAGGUUUUGCCUUUAAUCUUACCCAUCUAUAUCUGCAGAACAAUAGCAUAACACAUAUUUCAAAUCUUGCCUCAUUACGAAACUUGUCCAAAUUGUAUCUCGGUGGCAAUUGUAUUUCUGUAGUGGAAGAGCUAGAAGGAUUAACAGAACUGCGAGAGUUGCACUUAGAAAAUCAGCGUCUUCCUCUUGGGGAGAAGCUAUUGUUUGAUCCUAGGACUCUCCAAUCUCUAAAGAAUUCCCUGUGUGUUUUAAACAUCAAGAAAAAUAAUAUUGAUGAGAUUAAAGAACUGGCUUGUCUUGAGAACCUGAAUCAAUUCAUGGCAGAAGAAAAUCAGAUUCAUGAUAUAAAGGAGCUGGAAUAUGUACUAGGCCAAUGGCCAAAACUCUGGUAUCUGAAUCUGAGUGGGAAUCCUGUGUGUCGGAAAACAAAAUACAGAGACAAAGUAAUGGUGAUGUCUACAAGCCUGCAGGUCCUUGAUGGAAAAGAAGUAAACAAUACAGCCAGACAAUUUUUAUUGAACUGGAAAGCUUUCCGAGAAGCCAAGAAAAAAAUUGCCAAGGAGAAGACAGACCAGCAGGAAGUCCAAUUCAAAUUAGAUCAUCCACAAAUUAUUCGCCACCAUGCACCCAGAACCUCCCCAAGUAUUCAUAAAUUCAGGAAACCUGUUGAUGUUCUUUUUACAAAAACUCCUAACUAUGCAAACUCUGGAGGUGAUGGACUUGAAUCUAGUUGUAUGGGUGAUGGAGUGGAAGGAAUCAGAUCGGAACCACUGGAAUUUUUGUUGCUGCCUUCUCUGUCCAAGCAGCGAGAUUUAAGCAAAGCCGACGAUUCGCAGUCAGCUCAGAAUGUUGCGGAAACUUCGUCACAGCAUCACCAACAGUGCAAACUGAAAUCGAAGACUUUAAACAACAGCAUCAGUUUUCACUGAUGUUGGGAACACAUAACUAGUUUAUUUGGUUUCAUUUUAAGAUCAAUUAAAUGUAAUUAUUUAUAUUUUUAUUUCGAUAGCAUAAUAUUAUAUAGCCCGUUCGUUGAUUUAUUUUAAUAUAUCUUAUUAAAGGGCAAAUACCUACGAAUUUAACACCGUGUAUUCUAAGUGUUCCGUUUGCAAAGAGCUGCAUGAUAUGUAUUUUAUCUUUGUAAUUAAAAUGUUAAACACGCUUCUGGUUCAGAUUCCAGCGUUCAUUGCCCCAACAUAACUCUGUCGUGAGUUUAAUCGAAUUUGUUAGAUAAUGUUGAGCUAAAUGAUUGUAAUAUUGUGACGUAAAGGGAGCGAGCAUUGUUCGGUAAACAAAUCGAUUUGGCGAAACGCCAAGUUUCAGCAGUGUUAUUGCCGGAUUUCAAACUUCAAGCUUUUGCAGUAUUUCGUUAUUGUAAUAAUUCCACGUUCCCUUGAUUGUCGUUUUGUUACUUGUGUUUUUGUUGUUUUACUAUAAAAACUGAACGUUUCGAUUUGUGAAAUAUUGAAGCUUCAUCACCCAAUAAAUGAAUAAUAAACACAGAAACACACAGUGAAACAUUGUCCCUUGUUUUCAGCUAUGAAUGACCUGCAGCCUGUCUUUUCUAUUUUCUAUUCUUUAUAAUAAAUGUUUCAAUAUUAAAUACUCUAACACGCAUUUUACCAUUGGCCUCUAUUGUACCGAAUUAGAAGUUUAAGUAUAGAAAGGCCUGCACUUUUAGUACCUUAUCAAGUUGUUCAAGGUGUUAAAAAAGGCGAGUUAACUUUUGGAAGCGUUGCGAUGGAAAUGUAGGCUAACCAUGAACAAAUACGACCGACUGACAUGUUAUAAAGAAAUAUAAUUAUUGAAACUGAACAUUUAAAUCCACAAAUUGUGUACUCAAUAUACCAUGUAAUUACCUACUCUGUAUGUUUUUCUUUUGUGAAUAAAAAAGAUAACAUUUUAAUA